AUGGUUCAGGGGAUGGACCAGAUUGAGGGAAUAAGCAUACAGAACAUUGAACGUGAAAUGUGUAUUGAGGAAGAAGGACUUUUUGGGCCUUUGAUAGGUAGUGAUAAUCUUUGGACGCCGGCUGAGAGUGGAGGUACAAUUCAAAACAUAUAUAGGGUGCCGGCCUUAGGAGAAGUUUGUCGGGGUAAAGUAGUGAAAAGAAACCGCUGCUUGUUUAGUGAGAUAGAGUUUCUUGAGAAUGAAGAGACCCUCUUACUGCGGGCUAAACGUUCGGGACUGAAUUGGAACAUCUUGUCGAAAACCAAAGAAAAGGUAGCUAAACUAUCAGGUAAUUUGCUUGGUAGUAACUAUACGCUUAAACACUACCCAAGUAAAAAGGAAGUCUGCUGCAUUAAGUAUACCGGGCUGUUCAGUGAAAGUGGGCCAAGAUCCUUCCAGGUUUUCAUCGACCCCCUCUACUCCUCUUACGACAAGAAGCUCACCCAAAGACUCAAAGAAAGAUCGGGUCAGUACGUUAAGCUGGUCAACAAACAGCCUUACUAUAACUCAGAAACUAACUCUUAUGUUUUGAAUUUCAAUGGCAGGGUAACUCUUCCUUCCGUACGCAACUUUCAAAUCAUCCAUCCUAAUGAUACUUCCUAUAUCACCAUUACCUUUGGUAAAACCGGCGAAAACGAGUACGUUCUGGACUAUACCUAUCCUUGGUGUGCAGUUGAUGCCUUUGGCCUAACACUUUCAGCUCUAGGCAUCAAGUUAGGAUGUGAAUAG